UCAAGCUUCAUCAGUCUCAUCAGAAAAGGGAAGAACUAAGAGCAUGAAGCAGUAUGUAUGGGUUAUUCUCCUUAAAACUUGGAAAGUUUUUUCUUUCAUUUCACUAACAAUUCUUGCAUUCCGGAGUUUCCUUAAGAAUGUCAAGAAACAAAUAUUUUUUCCAUCCAAAAAAGAAGGAUCAGAAAGACGGGGAAAGCUAUUGAUAUUCAUCAGAGCGGUUGCUUUGUUUUCAUUUCUGGUAUAUAUAUUUGAAGCACUCACUCAUUUGAAUGCCGAUGUAUUUGAUCUUCCCCACAAGGCCUAUCAAGCUUGGCUUUAUUUUAGAGUAGAUUAUUUAGCUCCAUUGGUCAUUGUACUCUCAAGAUUUUGCACUGUUCUUUUCAUCAUUCAAUCACUAGACCGUUUUGUAUUAUGCCUUGGUUGUCUGUGGAUCAAGUACAAGAAGUUGAAGCCAAGUAUAAAUGAUCUAGCCUAUGAUACAGAGGAUCCUGCAAAUUUUCCCAUGGUUCUUGUUCAAAUCCCGAUGUGCAACGAGAGAGAGGUGUAUGCGCUAUCGAUUUCCAGUGCCUGCAAGUUAGAUUGGCCGAGAGAAUGCCUGUUGAUUCAAGUCCUGGAUGAUUCGGACGAAGAGAGAAUACAACUUCUUGUUCAACGCGAAGUCUCGAUGUGGAGGCAGAAAGGUGUAAAUAUCAUCUACAAACAUCGAUAUCACCGAACCGGUUACAAGGCGGGAAAUCUGAACUCUGCAAUGAGUUAUGAUUAUGUCAAGAACUACAAAUUCGUCGCGAUAUUCGACGCUGAUUUUCAGCCAAAUCCGGAUUUCCUCAAAUUAACAGUACCGCAUUUCAAAGGAAAUCCAGAGCUUGGUCUUGUGCAAGUUAGAUGGUCUUUUGUAAACAAAGAUGAGAAUCUUCUCACAAGGCUGCAGAACAUCAAUCUGUCUUUCCAUUUUGAGGUGGAGCAGCAGGUUAAUGGUGUGUUCUUUAACUUCUUCGGAUUCAAUGGGACGGCCGGAGUGUGGAGGACCAAAGCUCUUGAGGAUUCGGGAGGAUGGCUGGAGAGAACUACUGUCGAGGACAUGGAUAUUGCUGUCCGUGCACAUUUGAAAGGAUGGAAGUUCAUUUUCCUGAACCAUGUCAAGGUCCUCUGUGAACUUCCCGAGUCUUAUGAAACAUACAAGAGACAGCAGUAUCGGUGGCACUCUGGUCCAAUGCAGCUCUUCCGGCUAUGCCUACCGAACAUAAUAACUUCGAAGAUAUCAAUUUGGAAGAAAUUCAAUCUAAUAUUCCUGUUUUUCCUGCUGCGGAAGUUGAUACUGCCUUUCUACUCAUUUACACUAUUUUGCAUCAUUCUCCCACUGACAAUGUUCAUCCCAGAAGCCGAAUUACCAGUUUAUGUCAUCUGCUACAUCCCGGUCUUCAUGUCACUCCUCAACAUUCUCCCAUCGCCGAAAUCUUUUCCGUUUAUAAUCCCCUAUCUACUAUUUGAGAACACAAUCUCUGUGACCAAGUUCAGUGCAAUGCUAUCAGGAUUGUUUCACUUCGGCAAUGCUUAUGAAUGGGUUGUGACUAAAAAGUCCGGGAGGACUUCGGAGUUCCUAAACAUGUUUGAAGAGAAUACCGACAAUGAAAAGACGAUGAAGAUGAAGAAGAAGUUGAAUGGAAUUCAUAAAAAGGAGUUAGCAUUGGCAUUGCUGCUUCUUGCAGCAUCUGCAAGAAGCUUAUUGUUAGCUCAUGGUGUGCAUUUCUAUUUCCUGUUGUUCCAAGGUUUGUCUUUCUUUGUUGUUGGAUUAGGCUUGAUUGGGGAGCACUGAUCAGUCUGAAAGAUGAGUGAAUUUGGGUUCCAUGUUUCACUCAAACUAAUUUUUUUUUUCUUGUUGGAGUCUGAACAUUGGAUUAUACCUGAA